GCAUGCUAUGAGUCCCAGCAGCACACGCUGGUAAACACACACACACCCACCCACUCACUCAGCUCACCCUAGUUGUAUUCAAUCUGAGCUGUAAAUCAAGCCAGUCUCUGGUUUCCAUCGCCCUGUCUGUGUGUGUGUGUGUGUCCGUUCAGGUCUUCAGAUACCGCACGGAGAUUCGCCUCCCCCUGCCCUGCCCCUGCCGCCCGGGGAGGGAGGGGGGAAGUAGUGACAUGCUGCCCAAAGCCCGGACACAGUCCGUUGGUAUUGCUCACUCGCAUGGGGAUCGGAUGGCGGAGACAGCGCACGUCGCCUAUUCGCUGACGCCGAGCACCUAAAUCAGCCUGAGAACCACACAGCUUGUCGGAAUGUGAGUUUCUGGGCAGCGACCUGACACUGAGGAGCUUUGGGAGCGAACAAAACAUAACGACCCAGCAGAUUUCAAGCCGUCAGUUCCACAAGCCAGCCAGUUUACACGAUGGAGUAUGCCUACGAUGAGGAUCUGGAUGAGCUAUGCCCUGUUUGCGGUGACAAAGUCUCAGGUUAUCACUACGGCCUGCUAACCUGUGAGAGCUGUAAGGGUUUCUUCAAACGCACAGUUCAGAAUAAUAAAAGGUACACGUGUAUAGAAAACCAGAGCUGUCCCAUCGACAAAAUGCAGAGGAAAAGGUGCCCCUACUGCCGUUUUCAGAAAUGCCUAAACGUCGGCAUGAAGUUGGAAGCUGUAAGAGCUGAUCGCAUGCGUGGAGGUCGAAACAAGUUUGGGCCAAUGUACAAGAGGGACAGGGCUUUGAAACAACAGAAGAAAGCUCUGAUACGAGCAAAUGGACUUAAACUAGAAGCCAUGACUCAGGUGAUGCAGACAAUGCCAACAGACCUGACGAUAUCUUCUGCUAUUCAAAACAUCCAUUCAGCCUCCAAAGGCCUACCUCUAAACCAUCCUGCCUUGCCACCAACAGACUAUGACCGAAGCCCAUUUGUGACAUCUCCAAUUAGCAUGGCAAUGCCGACACAUGGCAGUCUGCAAGGCUAUCAGACCUAUAGUCCUUAUCCAAGUCGUACUAUCAAGUCAGAAUAUCCAGAUCCCUAUACUAGCUCCCCAGAAUCUCUAAUGGGCUACUCUUACAUGGACACCUACCCAACCAGCUCUCCAUCUAGUAUCCCACAUCUUAUAGUGGAACUCUUGAAGUGUGAACCAGAUGAACCCCAGGUGCAGGCCAAGAUCCUGGCCUACCUACAGCAAGAACAGGCCAGCAGGGGAAAACAUGAAAAGCUCAACACUUUUGGGCUUAUGUGUAAGAUGGCAGAUCAGACCCUAUUCUCCAUUGUUGAGUGGGCUCGCAGCAGCAUAUUCUUCAGAGAACUUAAGGUGGAUGACCAAAUGAAACUUCUUCAGAACUGCUGGAGUGAGCUCUUAAUUUUGGAUCACAUUUAUAGGCAAGUGGCGCAUUGGAAAGAGGGUGCAAUCCUCCUUGUUACUGGGCAACAGGUGGAUUUUUCUGUAAUCGCCUCACAGGCAGGGAGCACUCUCAAUAAUCUCAUGAGUCACGCUCAGGAGCUUGUGCUGAAACUUCGCUCAUUGCAGCUUGAUCAGCGAGAGUUUGUGUGUGUCAAGUUCCUGGUGCUCUUCAGCCUAGAUGUGAAAAACUUGGAGAACUACCACCUUGUCGAAAGUGUUCAGGAACAAGUUAAUGCUGCACUGCUAGACUAUACGAUGUGUAACUACCCUCAGCAAACAGAUAAGUUCGGACAGCUUCUCCUGCGAUUACCAGAAAUCCGGGCUAUUAGCAUGCAGGCUGAAGAAUACCUCUACUACAAGCACCUGAAUGGAGAUGUACCCUGCAACAAUCUUCUCAUUGAAAUGCUGCAUGCUAAGCGGGCCUAAAACUAGAUUCUGGGGGCCUUUGCAUCGAUGAGCAGAAAUUCUAAGCUGCAAUAAGCAGCGACUUUUUUUUUCCUUUAAAAAAGAAAACAACAAAAACCUUUCAGUGCACUAGAUGGAAAGAGGACAACCUAAUGAGAUCUGUUCAUCAGGACACAAGUGAUGUAUCAGGGUGUUGCCAUGGAAUCUGCCAACUGUGAACCCAUCACACCUGUGCUACCCAACCCCCACCUCCCAAAGGAAACCUCUGUGAAGCCUUUUAAGGAAGCGCUUACCAAUGUGAAGUUCACUUUGUCAAACUCGAUAUCAAAUUAAUAUCACACCAUUGUUUCCGAUUUGUUCAGCUUGACCACUAAUUCUAGGAAAUUUAAGAAAAAGCAUGGGAGUUGUGCACUAAUGGCAAUACAGUUGGGGCUUCAAGUGCACUAAGAAACCCUUAAAUUUCAAAGCAUGUGGGAUACAAAGCAAAUGUGGUAACAGUAAUGAGCCGCCAUAACCUUCUCGAUUCUCCUCCUUCCCCAAAGCUAUUUUCCCCAGUGAUCAUCAAUGUGGUACCUGAUAGGGGAUCUAAAGGCUUGCCUGUAGUUGGCUUCACUCUCCAUUUGCUCAUUCAAAUUACCAGACCCUAUCUAUGUGUGAGGCCUGCAAAGGUUGCAAGAAACCAUCUGUCAAGCAAUUAGUUUGACAACCACCUUACCUACCCAUUUAGGUUAUUUUUGCCAAAGCGUACAUGCUAUUUGAAGUAGACCAAAGCCUGCUGCAGAACAAUAACGAGAGGGGAAUAAAACUAUAACUUAUCUUGGAUUUAAA